AUGUUGACAAGAACGCUUCGUGUUCGGGGUAAUCCCUUCAAGUCAAGAAUUCUCUUGCAGAGAGGUCUAGCAACUACUGUCGACUCGGCUCCGUUCCAUCGCAAUGAACCGGUUGUACAAGGCUCCAAGGGCUCUCAAUGGCGACCAAAUUUCGAUAUGGCAAGAGCACAAGCAACAAUGCCACCGAACCAUUCAGCUCAAGUACGAGAACUGGACACAUUCGAGCUACCCGUUGCAGUGACCGGCAGCGAUGCAGAUCGUCUACUAGGUCGCCGCCUCAUCGAUGCAUGGCGCAAAGACGGAAUCAUCCAAGUCGCCUUCCCAGAAAACCUACGCGUACUGUCCGAAGCCGUGAAACAAAGCAAGCAAUACUUUCUCCAAGACCAUGCCACCAAGGCCAAAUGCGUGGAUCCAAACUCUUUCGCUGGAUACAUUGCUUCUGGUGAGGAGCUCACAGACGGUAUUGCUGACUAUAGUGAGAUCUUCACUGUCACAAAAGAAGUCGACCCUGGAGACCCUCGUGUCAUGAGCGGAUGGCCCUGCCAUGGACCGAAUCCAUGGCCCAAUGAUGCUUAUGCUCACGCAAUGCGUAAGCUAAUGGACUUUAAGGCUGGGAUAGGAGAGAGGCUGCUUCAGCUUACUGCUCUUGGUCUUGAUCUCAAGGAUCGUUGGGCUUUGAACAAACUGACCCAGGACGGUUGGCAUCAUAUGAGAGUUCUCAGGUUUCCUGCAACGCAUGCCACGAACGGCAAAGGCAAAGAAGGCCGUGGCAUCGGCUCCCACACCGACUACGGCUUGCUAGUCAUCGCCAGCCAAGACGAAGUCGGCGGCCUCUUCGUCCGUCCACCAUCAGCCGACGAAACAUACUCCAACUGGAAGAAAUCCUCCGCCGGCCUUCACGAAAACGAUGACAAGUGGCUGUACAUUGCCCCUCAGGAGAACGUCUUCACCGUCUUCCCUGGAGACAUGAUGCAAUUCAUGACCAACUCAUACCUCCCUUCCACACCUCACAAAGUCGGAUUGAAUACACGGGAGAGAUUCGCGUUCGCUUACUUCCAUGAGCCAAACUUCAAUGCAGUCUGUCGACGAUUGCCAGAAUUCAAAACUGGCACACCCGAGGAUGAAGAAGCUGUUCAUUACGGGACGCACUUUUCGAAUAUGUUUCUUCGAAAUUAUCCAGAUAGGGUAACAGCACACAGGAUGAGAGAAGAGAACAGGAUGGAUUUGCUACCGAUGCUGAAAGAACAGUAUGGUUAUGGGCCUUAG